CUCGUUCUCUCUUCUUGGUCGUUGAAACGUCAACUAAAAUUCUGCGAAUGGUGGCUCAAAAUGUAAAACAGAAGAAAAUUAAACAUAAAAAACCGUCGGAUUGGAACCUGAAGCUUGAGCUUGAAGACAGCGAAGAGUGUGAGUCUCCAUUAAAUUCAACACUCAGAGUUUGACUUUGGCUCCUAUUUCCCCAACCAAAACUGCGAACGCGGCAAUGCAAUGACGUCAUCGUCGUCGUAUUCCUCCUCCGUCUCAUCGGCGGUAGACUCAAUCCACACCUCGCUCGCCGACCUCUGCGCCCCUCACUACCACCAAUCUCCCUUUGACCUUCCUCGUCGCUUCUCCGGCUUCGCUAACCGCCUCCAGCUGUCACUCACUCACCUCACCCGCGCCACGUCAUCGCUCGACGCCCUCCCUCCCUCCGUGCACACCGCCCUCAAAGGAAUUGCCGCCGACCUCGCCGCCGCGCUCGAAACGUUGUCGUUUUACAGAACCAAGGGGAAGAUCUCCGUCCUCAUCAACUGCCUCUCCCUCUGCGAUUCCCUCGCCGACCGUACGGUCGCCAUAUCCGGAUGGCUUGCCCUCCUCGACCUCGCCAUUCAGGACCUGAACCUCCCCGAUCUUCGGAAGAAGAUCGCCGAUCUCUCCAGAGAUAUGAAGCAAGCUCACUUCAAAGUUACGGAGAGGGAAGAAAGAGUUCAUCAUACACUACAGAAAGAAGGACGAACGACUCAAUCGAAGACGAGCAAAGCAGUGGAGAGCGCGAUAAUCAUGGACUUGGCUCGAGCGCUCGGCAUCGACCCUGAGAAUCACGACGAGCUAUCCAAACAGAUCAGGCUUCUCAAAAACGACGUCGCCGGGUCCAAUUCGGUGUCGGAACGACGGAUUCUGGUGUCGUUGGAGAGGAUUGUAGAUAACUGGGCCAUACGGCCCAAUAUAUCGGCUUGGAAAGCUGGGAUAGAGUUCGAAGACGACGACGUUCACAUUUCGCCGUUUAAGAAUUUUAUGUGUCCGUUGACGAAGGAGGUGAUGAGGUACCCAGUGGUGCUCCAAUCGUCGCAAACUUACGAGCGGACCGCCAUUAACUACUGGUUCGAGCGGUGUCUGGAGGACGGUCGAGAUCCGACUUGCCCGGUCACAGGUGAAGUUCUCGGGUCACUGGAGAUGAAGCCGAACAUUGGACUUGCUGGGGCUAUUGAGGAGUGGGUCAACAGGAAUGUUGAGAUUCUGGUGAAGAUUUCAGUUCAACAUCUUAGCAAAGAGCCUCCUGUGGUGGAUUGUUUGGAGGGAGUGUUGGAUAAUGUGUAUAAUAUCUCAGAGGAAUACCCCAGUUGUAGGUAUAAAGUUAGGAAUGCUGGGGUUCUUGUGCUCAUUGUUAAGAUGCUCAGAAACAGUUCCAAGAGUAUUGGGACACAUUUGAGAAGCAAAGCUCUCGUGGCUUUGCUUAGCAUGGCCAAGGAUGAAGAAAGCAAGAACAUCAUGCUUCAAGAGGGUAUCACUAGAUUGGCCAUACAUAGUCUUAUCGGGAGCUCAGAGAAAGAGAAAGAGUAUGCUGUGAAAUUGUUACUUGAGUUCUCUAGUGACAAAGCUUGUUGCAUUAAAAUUGCAACAGAAAAAGGUGCGCUGGUUCUUCUCUCAAGCAUGGCAGGAAACCUAGAGCAUCCUGGUUUAUCCAAUCUAGCCGACAAGGUAUUGAAGCAGAUGGAAAAGGUGGAGGAUAAUGUUCAGUAUUUAGCUGCGGCGGGGAGGUUUGAACCCUUGCUUACUCGACUUUGUGAAGGUUCUGACGAUGUCAAAAUUGAAAUGGCAUUUAUGGUGGGAAAUAUGACCUUGACAAAUAGCAGCAAGGAACAAAUAGCUAGGCACGGUGCGAAAAUACUAAUUCAGAUGCUAUCUAAGCCAGAAGGAAGAGCAGCAAGCUUGCAAGCACUGUACAACUUGUCAGGUCUCGAUGACAAUGCAACCAUCCUUGUAGAUUCUGCUGUACUUCCCGCUCUUACAGAUGUCCUUUUCAAAAACCAGGAUACUUCGCCCGAACUGAAAGAAUUGGCUGCAUCAACAAUGGCUAAUAUAGUAUCAAAUCCAGGGCACUGGGAAUUGGCAUCUGCUGACAAAGAAGGGCAUCCUAUGCAGUCAGAAUCAUUUAUAUAUAGUCUUUUGAGGUUUUUACCUCUAGCAUCCCCUCAAUGCCAAAUAUCUAUUCUCCAUAUCAUCUAUGGAAUUGCUUCGUCCCCACAGGCAUCAGAGUCGGUAGCCUGUCAUAUAAAAUCUGGGGAAGGGAUUAAAACCAUUUUACCAUUCCUUGAACACCCAGAAGUUGAACACAGAAUUCAUGCUUUUAAGCUUACAAGACUCCUCUCAGAAAGAUAUGGUCAAGAUAUAGCUAAUGAGCUAAGGCUUUCUACCAGGCUUCCCCUGUGCAGAGACAAACUCUUAGACCACCUUUCAACCGAUAGUGAGAGAUCCGAUGCUGCAUGCAUACUUGCGAACCUUUCACUCUCCGAAGAUGAAGUGAAAACACUCCUUGGAGUUGGUUUUCUAAAAUGGACGAUUACUACUCUAAAAAACCAGCGCCAAACUUCCAAUGGGAGGAUUUCACGGCCUGCAUCAAGCAUGUUGGAAGGUCUUCUUGGUCUUUUACUUCACAUUACAAGGAACCUUGAGCCCCAAACUCUUGUUACAUUCAAAGAGCAAAGCCUUAUCACUGUCUUCCGAGAACAUCUUGGUUAUCCAUCAAACCCAAGAGUGAAACAACUAGCUGCCCUUGGAUUGAAAAUCUUGUCCGAGUAUGGAAGGUCACUAGCUGCUGUGGAAUCAGAACGACCACCUCCCCAUGGACGCUCUUCUGAAGAACCUUCGACGUGCCCAAUACACAAUGCUCCAUGUGAAGAAGACAGUCAGCUGUGCUUGCUAAAGAGCAACUCCAUCAAACCCCUCGUUGAUCUGCUUACAGACAGCAACACGAGUGUUCAGAUUGCUGCAGUGGAGGCACUGUCCACUCUUGUAAUAGAUAACUCCAGCAGCUUCAAAAGAGCAGUGAACGAGCUUGAACAAUUGGGCGUGAACGAAGCCGUGAUUUCUCUUUUCAUAGAAGUUCGUCCGGGGGAACUUCAAGAGAGAACAACCUGGAUCAUAGAGAGAAUAUUGAGAGUCGACAACCAUAGACAUUCUCUAAAUCAGCCUCUGGUUUGGGCAUUGGUGGAAGCCCUUAAGCAUGGCAAUGCCAACACAAAGAGACAUGCUCAAGAUGCUCUCACUAGUCUGAAACAGUUAUCGGCGGUUAGCGGAAGGUCCUCGUAUCAAACUAGGGCGCAGAGGUAGCCAAUGACAGACAUGGAAUUUUUGUUGUAAUUUUUAGUGAGUUUCUGUGCGUCUCAAUUUGUAAAUUUACUGUAUAGUUGUGCUCUCAGUCUCUCAGUUUUGCAUUCAUUGUUGUAACUUGUAACUUGUAAGAAAUCAAUAGGGUGUUGAGAAUUGCGAGCUG